AUGCCUCAGAGUCAAGACAUGGAAGAGUACUUGAAAAAAAUUUGGUAUGAUCCUCGACACCCUGGAUCUUUUGCGGGACCCUCAAAGUUAUAUCAGGUGGUAAAACAAGAGGGCAAGUUUAAAGUGGGUAUGAGUAAAAUCAAAAAGUUUUUACAAAAUCAAGAUGCUUAUUCGUUGCAAAAGAAAGUUCACAGAAAAGGAUUUAAAAGAAGAAGAGUCGUGGUGCAAGGAAUAGACUACCAGUGGGAAGCAGACCUGGCAGAUGUUCAGAAUUUGUCCGAGCACAACAAUGACAUCAAGUUCCUUCUCGUGAUUGUUGAUGUAUUUUCUCGCUUUCUGUGGGUUCGCCCUUUAAAAGACCGAAAAGCCAAAUCAGUGAUCGACGCCUUCAAAGACGUGUUAACGGGGCCGAGACGUCCCCGAGCCAUCAGAACCGACAAGGGGUCAGAGUUUUACAACCGAUUUUUACAACAGUAUCUCAAAGACCAAGAAAUUAAGAUAUUUUAUGCCUUGAACGAGACGAAAGCCAACUAUGCAGAGAGAUACAUACAGACGCUGAAAAAACGAAUUUAUCGAUAUUUUACUCAUCUUCAAAAACACAGAUAUAUUGACAUCCUACAAGACGUCGUUCAAUCGAUCAACAAAACUGCUAACCGAGCGCUGAAUGGUCGCACACCUGCCUCCGUGACCAAAGAAAAUGAAGACGAGGUGAGGUUUGAUGCCUAUUUAGCUCGUAAGAAAAAAGACACUAAACCUCCUCGAGUAAAGAAGUCUAAGACUAAAAAGCGUUUACCAUACACUUUUAAAGUUGGGGACCAAGUGCGAAUCACGCACCUGCGACGAACCUUUCAGCGUGAUUACGACCAAACGUAUACUGAGGAAAUUUUUGUGAUUCGAGACCGCUUCGUUUCACAGGGUAUUCCCAUUUAUAAAUUGAAGGAUUUGACAGACGAUCCUAUUCAAGGAACAUUUUAUGCCAGCGAACUACAGAAAGUGUUCAAAGACGAAAAGACAAUUUGGAGAAUUGACAAGAUUUUACGCAAGCGCAAAGUUCGCGGCAAAGAAGAAGUAUUGGUAAGAUGGCUUGGGUGGCCUAAAAAAUUUGACAGCUGGAUUCCCCGAAAGGAGAUAAAAGAGACGUGA